UUUAAGAGCGGCGUCGCCAUGAUCUGCCUGGUGCUGGGUCUCUUCGCCAGCCUCUUCCAGAGCGCCUGCGGUGGGGCCGGCGAACGCACCUUCGUGGCCAUCAAGCCGGACGGGGUCCAGCGGCACCUGGUCGGGGAGAUCAUCCGGCGGUUCGAGAGGAAGGGGCUGCAGCUGGUGGGGCUGAAGCUGCUGCAGGCCUCGGAGGAGCUGCUGAGAGAGCACUACAUUGCCCUUCGUGACCGUCCCUUCUACAGCCGGCUGGUGAAGUACAUGAGCUCUGGGCCUGUGGUGGCCAUGGUCUGGCAGGGCUUGGAUGUGGUCAAGACAGUUCGCACAAUGAUCGGGGAGACUAACCCAGCCGAAUCCAGGCCUGGUACCAUCCGAGGAGAUUUCUGCAUUGAAGUCAGCAAGAAUGUGAUCCACGGCAGCGACUCAGUGGAGAGUGCCCAGCAGGAGAUCUCCCUGUGGUUCCGCCCAGAGGAGCUGACAUGCUGGGAGGACACAGCUGAGCACUGGAUCUACGCAUGACAAGAGCAGCCCGAGGGAAGUACAUCUUCCUGAGUUGGCACAGGGCAUUUCCAUCCAUUUCAUUGCAGCCAUGAGGGCUGGCUAUGGAUCCUGCUGUGGGGGUUUCUGUUCUGUGUGUGAGUGGAGGGGUCCUAGGAGCUGGUUUGUGUGUGUAACUGCAGGUUAGAUCCCUGAAAGAGUAGCUAUUUCUUUUUUUAAAUUUUUUCCCUCUCUGCUAUAAUAAGUAAGUAGUUGGUAUUGUUGCUCUGUUUGCUGCAGCAUCUUAAAUCCGAAAUAGUUCAAGGUGAUUUAUUGAAGUGAAAACUGGGCUCUGUGCCUGUUCCUGUGUGUUCUGAUGUGCCUGGCAUAGAAGAACGUGUGCUCCUUACUGCUGAGAGGCGCACAAGGCGAUGUGAUCGAUAUAAUUUACCUGCAUUUCUAGAAGGUUUUUCACCAAAGACUUUUAAAGUAUUAGGUUGCUAUGGGAUAAGAGGGAAGGUUCUUCCUUGGGGUAAGAGCUUGUUCCAGGACAAGUGGCUCUCCUGUGGUGGGAGCUCUGUGUGCCAGGGCUGGCACAAGCUCACCUGACUUCAGAAGUGAUGAAUGAGUCCACGUAAGGAAGUUCACCAAAUGCGGUGAAAUGCCCAGUUUCUCUGGCUCCAGUUCCUGGCUGUGGGUGUUUGCUUAUUAUAAUCUCAUUAUAAUACCAAAACACACCUCCAUCCCAAAGGCUACCCACAUCCAAAGUGCAACCACUGAUUGAGCUUGUGCCCUGAAUUUUUGUUGAACUAUACCUCUAAAAGCAAAGUGAGAGAAUGUUACAACAGUUGUAAUAAAGGUAUGUAUGACUAGAGUCACUCAAGCUUCACCUUGAAGAUAAGAAAUUGCAUAAAAAUGGCCUGAGAAAGGGGGAAUGUUGGGGGAAGGU